CCCGGGCCAUGGAAACCCUAAAAUCUGGGCGAUGGAGGCCUCGCCCACGGCCACGACGUCGUCCAAGCAGGCCAAGAUCGCGCUAGAUGCCUCGUCCGAGGCCUCCAAUGCGGCCAAGUACCGGGAAUACGAGAGGGAUUAUGUGCGCUGGAUCCAUCACAAGUACUUCUCCUCCCAGGUUCUCGGGGCGAACGAUCCGGUGUACGAGAGCACGAUGCCGAUCGAGGGAUUUGUGAUAAGAGCUACCAAGAGUCCUCCGUUAAAAUCUUUCGCGGAAUCGAAAGCUUCGCUCGAGAGUAGCGCCACUGGAGCUGGAGGAGGAGGGGGAGGAGGAGGAGAAUCGCCCGCCCAAGCCAGCGCUAGGAAGAAGCAAACAAGAAGAUAGGAUUAAUCCACGAAGAACCCUAAAGGCAAGGGCUUAAAGGUUGUAAAUUUCUAGGGCUUAGUUAGGGUUUAUCAUUUACAUCUAAAGGGAGGUAUAUUCCUCUUUUCGCGUUAUCCACCACAAGAGAUCUCUGGGAGUGGGGGAAACGGGAUGUGCGCGACGGCAGCGACGCUAGGAUUUCUAGAUCUCGCAGCGUCAUCGCAAUGCUCGGCAUUGCCAUCACGAGGGAUUUCCAGGCUCCAGGCUUGCAGAUUGUCCAGGUUGAGGUCUUCGUCGGCGUCCUUGGCAGCGGCAUUCUCUUCUCUCCAGCCAUGGCGAUUGAGAGGAAGGGCGAGAGUGAUGGCGGUGGUGGCCGUGGCGGAGGUCUCAGUGGAGGAUGAGGAGGAGGAGACGGAGGAGGCAGUGGCAUCCACGCCCGCGGUCAAGCCCAAGAAGGGGAAGGCUGCGCUGCCCAACAAGAGCGAUAGAAGAAGAUCGAAGAGAUUUCUAGAGCUGCAGAAACUGCGUGUCAAGAGGCAGGAGUAUGAUCCACAGACCGCUCUGCGAUUGAUGAAGGAGACCGCGUCGACCAAAUUCGUUGAAACCGCUGAAGUUCACUGCCGACUUAACAUCGAUCCCAAGUACAAUGACCAGCAGCUCCGUGCUACUGUGACUCUGCCAAAGGGAACUGGGAAAGAGGUCCGAAUAGCUGUUCUUACGCAAGGAGAGAAGCAAGGGGAAGCCAAGACCGCUGGAGCUGACGUUGUAGGAGGAGAGGAAUUGAUCGAGCAAAUCGCUGGUGGCUUCAUGGAGUUCGACAAGCUGCUGGCUACUCCAGAUAUGAUGCCAAAGGUUGCAAAGCUUGGUAGACUGCUGGGGCCUCGAGGACUGAUGCCAAAUCCCAAGGCAGGGACUGUGACGACGGACCUUCCAACUGCAAUUGGAGAGUUUAAAGGCGGGAAAGUAGAGUACAAAGUUGACAAAACAGGAAUCGUUCACAUUCCAUUCGGGAAGACGAACUUUGAGGACGAGGAUCUCCUCUUGAAUCUUCUAGCUGUGAUUAACUCUGUGGAGACAAACAAGCCCAAAGGAGCUAAAGGUGUCUACUGGAAAUCCAUUUACAUCUGUUCCACCAUGGGACCUUCGAUACGAGUGAAUGUUAGUCAGGUGCGGGAUUUCAAAGUACCUGUGCUGAAGUCACCAUGAAAGACUUUUAGAAGUUAGCAUUUUCUUGUUUAUCAAAUUUGUCUGAAAGGCCACAUACAAUAUGCAGAGCCCACUGAACUUAUACCAAGAAGUAUGUCACUUCCUUUUGCAAUGAAUAUUCUUUCCAUC